UCCACUCCACUUCCCUCCCCCGUCUCUCACUCUUCAUUCUAAUACUACUUUAUUAACAAAAUUUCCCAAUCUCUCUCUCUAAACAAAACAUGCAAAUGAUAAGGUACUCAUGAUAUAUACUCACACUACUUUUAGCCUCCCUAAUCCAUUUCCCUCUUCCCAAAGUAUAAACUUUCCAAAAAAAAAAAAUCUUCCCAUUUCCACGUCCCAUGUAUUAUUCCACCUCAAACAACGCUUCGGCCGCGCCCGAUCUCUCCUUACACAUCAGUCCACCGACGAGCUCAACCGCAGAUUCCGGCAGCAGCGGCGGCGGCAGCGGCAGCGAUUUGAGCCACGAAAAUGUCAUCUUCCACACCAACCAAGUUGCUAAACCCGAACCCACCUUGCGGCUAGGGUUGGAUCCAAAACGCCAACCUCGCCACCGUCAUCAGCAUCAUCGGCCUCUGAUGCACGGAGGAAGAGACUUCAAGAGAUCAUCCACAAGGAAAAAUGUCCGCGCGCCGCGAAUGAGAUGGACUUCCACUCUCCACGCCCAUUUCGUGCACGCCGUCGAGCUUCUCGGCGGCCACGAACGAGCAACUCCUAAAUCGGUGCUCGAGUUGAUGAAUGUGAAGGAUCUAACGCUAGCUCACGUGAAGAGCCACUUGCAGAUGUACAGAACAGUGAAGAGCAAUGACAAAGGAACAGAAAUUGGACUGAAACUGCAUACGACAAGAAUCGAAGAUGAGGAUAAGUGCAGUGUGAUUGCGCCACCACCACUUUGCCUAUUAUCAUUGCAUAACAACACUACUUUCCAACACACUCACAGACGGCCAUUAUCAAUAGACGAUCUUGUAGUGCGACCCUCAAGCCAAGUUGACACUCAAAAAAAUUAUCUACAAGGAGUUGAUGUAUCUAAGGUAGGAAUAUGAUGUAGGGGUUGUGGGCAAAACUUCACCUGCUGAUGUGUUGGUGGAUUUAGAAUUUAAGCUUGGAAGAUCAAUCUGGCAAAUGGACCACUCUGAAUGCUCCCUACUUAGGUGUUAAUUAUUUUGAUUUCAAUAGAUUAUUAGUAAUUCUUCCUUGCGAUGAAUCAUGGACAAGACAAAAUAUGUACCUAGGAUUUUCUUGCUGACUUUUGCUAGUAUUAAAAAUUACAUGCAUUAGCAUGUAAAACUUAUUCUAAUUAAUUAACUUUUUGAUGGGGUUGGCAGCGAAAGCUUGCG